GCAUAUAUAAAUACGGCCGAUUUCGUCAGACAAGUAGAAAAGCGUGGAUAACUUGCAACAAGGAGUGAGAUUGUUGUUAAAAACCGUAGAGAACGUUAAAUAUAAUUCAGUUGGAUUUGUUUUUGUGGGAAUUAUAAAUUAAAGGAUUUAAAUAACAUUAUGUUACUCAGUCGCGCCGGGAAAUAUGUUCGGCCCCUGGUCUGCAAGAUCAGUCGGAGACCAAUGAGCUGGAGAAGGAAUUUGCCAGUUUUAUUUGAGAACAAAAGUCCUUGGUUAGAUACCUGGCGUGAGGCACGGGACAUUGACCGUCAAUUUGAAAAUAUGUGGCGUGACGUUAACAGGAUGCUGGGUCCAAGGCUCUUUGAUGAAUAUUUCGACCGCACACGUGAUUUAGAAGUGGGAUCAGAUCUGUCUAAGCUUAAAUACGACAGUUCAGGUUUCGAACUUCAAUUAGACGUUCAACAGUUUACCCCAUCAGAAUUGAAUCUGAAAUUGGCUGGCAACAAGUUAUCAAUUAGCGGAAAACACGAGCAGAAGACGGAUAAAUAUGGCCAAAUUACCAGAGAAUUUCACAGGGAAUUACUUAUUCCAGAGGAUAUUGAUUUAGAGUCGAUGACGUCGACAAUAACAGAAAACGGAAUGCUGACGAUAAAGGCCAAUGUAAAAGCAUCUGAAAAACCUGCAGAAAAGGUGAUUGAAAUUCAAAAGGAACAAGUAGAGGCAACAAAUGAAGAGAAAAAAGCCGAUUGACUAGUUUGAACAUUGUGUCGGAAUGUCAGAGGUGGAUAAUUGAUGUUCUGUGUUAACUGUUUGAUGUACACUGAUAAUUAGUCGUCCCAAUUCUUAAGUUGCCAUAUAUUUCAAUGAGAAAGUGUACACAAGUAUAUGUAGUAAUGUGCGUUCAUAUUUUCGUUUAGAAUUUCUCAAUUGCCGAGGUGAGGCAAAUGCAUCAUGUACUUUUGAUUAGAUAUUAAAAGUAUAUCUGUUUGUGAAUAAAGAUUAUGAUCUUGAAUAAAUCUAUCUGUUGA